AUGGCUCCUAAUGAUGACUUAACAUUAACACGAGAGAAAGAAAUCAUUAGUAAGAACAAACAAUUCGGUGGAAACAUGGAUUUCAUCAUAAUUCAAAAUAUCAAUGUUAAUACCACUCGUUAUGUAGUGGUUGUUGAAGCAAAACGUGAUGCACUUGGAAAAGGAAUUCCUCAACUGCUAUUGGCAUUAAAAUCUAUGUAUGAUAUAAAUAAUGAUCAAAAAUUGGUGUAUGGAUUCUUAACAACAGCAAUCCAAUGGCAAUUAGUGACAUAUGAUGGUCAAACGUGGAAAUUAUCAGAACUAUCUACUGUUUUACUUCCAAAAAUGAUAGAAAAAGAAGAUGAAUGGUUGAAAAAUAAUACACAAAUAUUAGAUGUUAUUUACAGUAUUUUGUCAUCAAUAUAA